CACGCCAACACGCGCUUAUAGCCCUCUCUCUCUCUCUCUCAUCUAACAUUUCCAAGCCCAGCCCAUCCCAUCCCCAGGAGGGUCUUCUCUUCUCUUUAGGGUUUUCGGAAUCUCCGACGUUUUUCGAUUUCAUUUUUGAAUUCGCUUAGAUGGUUCAGCUGAUGAAGAAUUCUGGGAGCCUCGAAACGACGUCGUGCCGCGACAACAAGUCGUCGGUGAAGUUGGAGAUCGCGGAGGACCCACUUGAAGAAGAACAUGGCCCUCCCAACAAGCGCUCCAAACCUUCUUCCCUGCCUUUGCAAGAGCAAUGGAGUGCUUCAAAUGAUGCUUAUCUCAGUCCUCCUUCAAACCUCAAUAUACUUGAUGAGCCUAGCCCUUUGGGUUUGCGUCUGAGGAAGAGCCCUUCGCUGUUAGAUUUGAUUCAAAUGAAACUUUCUCAAGGAAGUACAUUUAUUGCAAAUGCACAAAAUGAAAAUUCAAGCUCUGGAGUGAUAAAGGAAAGUAAAGGUGCUGCUGUAUUAGGGACUGCUGACAAGCUUAAAGCUUCAAACUUCCCAGCUUCACUUCUAAGGAUUGGUUCGUGGGAGUAUAAAUCAAGAUACGAGGGUGACUUAGUGGCAAAGUGUUACUUUGCUAAACAUAAGCUUGUUUGGGAAGUUCUUGAAGGUGGUCUAAAGAGUAAAAUAGAAAUUCAAUGGUCAGAUAUCAUGGCACUUAAGGCACAUUGUCCUGAGAAUGGUCCUAGCACAAUGACUGUUGUGCUUGCUAGACAACCUCUUUUCUUCAGGGAGACUAAUCCUCAGCCUAGAAAGCAUACAUUAUGGCAGGCAACAGCAGAUUUUACCAAUGGACAGUCUAGCAAACAUAGGUUGCAUUUUUUGCAAUGCCCACAAGGACUAUUGACGAAACAUUUUGAAAAGCUUAUCCAGUGUGACAUGCGUCUUAAUUGCUUAAGCCAACAGCCAGAGAUAAUUUUGGAUUCGCCACAUUUUGAUACACAACCUUCUGCUUUUGAGGACCCAGGCAAUCCAAAAGACCAUGAUUUGCAUCAAGUCAGCGGGAAAGGAUCCUCCACAUCUUGUUUUCAGGACAUAGGAUCACCUCAGGCAUCCCUGUCAUCAUCAGUUAAGAGUGAACACAAUGAUCCUCCUGGCAUGACUUUGGAUAGUCUCUCCCGAGAAGCACCUUCCCCCAGUUCAGUCAUGGAUUGUCGUUCAGUUGAAGGGAGUACAAGUUCUGAAACUGAUUCCAAGGGCCCAAGAAAUUUGGAUCAGAUAAAACUGCCUGGACUCCGGCCUUCUAUGUCAAUGAGCGAUUUUAUUGGCCAAAUUGAACUUUGUCUGUCGGAGCAAAUGACAUCUGGGAAUCCAUCCUUCUCUAAUGGAGGAUCAGAGUACCAGGAGAUCCUGGAGGACAUUGCACAGCACCUGCUCAGUGACAAUCAGGUUGCAGCAGCUUCCGAUGAAAAGUCACUCAUGUCAAGGGUCAAUUCUCUCUGCUGUCUUCUGCAGAAGGACCCUGUAACAGUUCAGAAUUCACUUUUUACAGAGGGUAGUACUGUUGAAGGACCUGACGAUGGAAAAGAUGUCAAGCCUGCUGAGGAGGACUCAAGGGAUGCUUCUGCUGGCAAGCAAGCACAAGGCAUGUCUAGGAAAGACUCCUUUAGUGAUUUGCUUCUCCACCUUCCUCGAAUUGCUUCUCUUCCAAAGUUCUUGUUUAACAUAUCCGAAGAGGAUGGCGACAGUCAAGCCAGAUAGAUAGUCAUUCUCUCAUAUUUGAAAUUUCAAAGUGAGCAAGAAUGGAGCUACCUAGCAAAGUCUAGCUGCAUAGGCAAUAUGUUAUGUUUUCGUAGACAUGUGCAAGUUUAAUUUCUACUUUGGGAACCACUGGGGUUUGGAAAAGUUGUUUUGAUGAAGAAUCCUGGUAGAGCCCGUGUAAAAGUUGGCACGUAGGUGUUUUAGCUCUGCCUUUGUUUUCUUUUUUCUUUUUUUCUUGCCUUCUGGGUCUCGUGGACGGUUGUUGUCUGCUUCUAUGUAAAUGGUGUUGCCUGAUCAAAUAUUAGCUGCUUUGGAUGGUCUCUGUGUCUUUCCUUGGAAUAGA